AUGUCAGAUGAAGGAUCAGAGGAUUUUGGAGGAUAUGUUGCUGAGUAUGAGGGCGGGCGGAAUGAAGACAGGCAGAGACAUGGUUUGGGGAGAGCUGUGCUCCCCAACGGAGACACAUACGAAGGAAUGUAUGAAAACGGCAAAAGAUGUGGUCAAGGCACAUACAGGUUCAAGAAUGGGGCCAGAUACACAGGUGAAUAUUACAUGAACCUCAAGCACGGACAAGGCAUUUUCGAGUAUCCAGAUGGAUCCAAGUACGAAGGGAGUUGGGUGGAUGACCAGCGUCAGGGCCAUGGUGUUUAUACCUAUCGUAAUGGAGACACUUAUGAUGGAGAAUGGCAGCAGCACCAGAGACAUGGUCAAGGCAUAUACACCUACCAUGCCUCAGGAACCCAAUAUAAAGGCACUUGGGCCAUGGGCAAGAUGGAGUCUGCUGGGGAAUUCGUUUAUCAGAACCACAGAUAUCAGGGCAACUUCAAGAAUAACCUUCCCUUAGGUCCAGGGAAGUAUGUGUUUGACAUCGGCUGUGAACUGCAUGGAGAAUAUGUCCAGGUUGAUCAGGACAGAGCGGAUGAGCAAGAGGAGCAGCCACCUGCCACCACACUUGUUAAAUGGAAACCCAAAACUAUCUCUGGCCUCUUACUCUGGGCUCCUCCCAAAGACUGUGCCCCCUCAGAUCAAGAUGUGACAAAGCAAGAGAAAUGA